CGACGCCCCGCCCGGGCUCGGCCCCGCCAGCGCCAUGAAGAGCCCGGCCGAGGAGGCCGCCGCGCCUCCCUCAGGUGGGUGUUCCGGGCUGGGGGCGUCCUCUUGCGCGGCCGGGAGAGAAGCGGCCGAGCUCCGUGGCCCCCUGCCCUUGCCCGCCCUUGCCGACGCGGCGGCCGAGGGCGCCGGGGACGCGGUGCAGCUGAAGGUGCCGGCGCUGCAGCAGCUCUACCACUGGGACUGCGGGCUGGCCUGCUCCAGGAUGGCGCUGCGGUACCUGGACCUGCUGAACGACGACGACUUCCAGAGAGCAGUCCGGGACCUCCAGCUGACCAAAAGUAUCUGGACAAUUGACUUGGCGUACCUGAUGCGUCACUUUGGGGUGAAGCAUCUGUUCUGCACCCAGACGCUGGGCGUGGACAAGGGCUACAAAAACCAGUCUUUUUAUAGAAAACACUUUGACACAGAGGAGAACCGUGUAAACCAACUAUUUGCCCAAGCAAAAGCCUGCAAGGUGCUGGUGGAAAAACGCACCGUGACCAUCGGGGACAUCCAGGAACAUCUCGCGCAGGGCCACAUCGCCAUCGUGCUGGUCAACGCUGUCUUGCUGCUGUGCGACCUCUGCUCCAGCUCGGUCAAGUACUGCUGCUUUCUGCCCAUCGGCCAGAAGUGCUUCUGCCGCAGCCCCGACUACCAGGGCCACUUCAUCGUCUUGUGUGGCUACAACAGAGCUUUGGAGUGCGUUUAUUACAACAACCCUGCCUAUGCAGACCGAACAUGCAGCACCAGCAUCCAUAACUUUGAGGAAGCCAGGACCAGUUACGGCACAGACCAGGACAUCCUGUUCAUCUACCAAAACAGCUGACCCUCCGGCUGGGGCUCCCAAUCACCGCCAUGGCGGCAGCCAUCUCAGGACUCGGAGGCCUCCCCUCCUGGACUACACCGGGUUGGAAGCAGCGGAGGCGUUGGGCUCGAGGGGGGAGAAUGUAUUUUAUGCCACCUUGAAGCAGAAUGUCCAUUGCAGUCACCAUGCAUAACAAAGUGCGUUUUCCAGCUGGGGUCUGUCUGAGGACCCCAGGUGAUUUUGCUGGGGGGGGCAGGGGUGUCCCAAUUCUGACCCCAGGCUAAAACCUGGCCAGUCCCCCUCCCUAAAGAAGACUGAACUCUGAAACACGACGACUGCGCUCUGUCCUGAUGCUGUCACCAGAUCCAGCCCAUAGCCUGCACCCCUCCCUCCGCCCUCCCUCCCUCUGAGCCGUCAGUCCGGCUCUCUUGAUCUGCUCUGGCCGGGCUUUCACCCGCUUCACAGCCAGGCUGCUGCUGCGGCUGCCCUAGGAAGAAGCGAAUCCGUACUUUACUUUUGCACCCCCGGAGCUUUGAGGUGCAGGAAUGAAACUCAGCGGGCCCCGAAGAGCGGCUGCUCCUUCCUAGCUAUCCUUCACCCAGUUUUUUUUUAAUCUGCUGAUAAAAAUCAAGCCAAUCAAUUGAGCCACAGGAGGAGGAGGAGGCAGAAAGGAAAGAGAGGCAUCAACAAAGUCUAACCAAGCAGAGUUCAAAGCGGGACAUGCCCAGAAGCAACGCCAACACCCCCCCCCCCAGUCACCGCAGCCAGUGACUCCCACCUUCGGGGGGCUUUUUCAGGGGAGACAGAGGUUUGGCCGUGUUGGCAGAAGACGGGCGUCUUUUUGGAAAAGGUUUUCUCAGAGGACUGAAAUCCUUCCUUUCGGGUUUUUGGAUUGGGUGAAUCAGCACUUUUUGUCAAUCGAUCGUUUUGAAUAACGUCCGUUGAAUUGGUGAUUCGAUUGCUCGUGGGAGGCUGCUACCACGGAUUCUGCUUAAUCCCGCCUUUAAAAAAGGGCAUUUCAGAGACCGCAGCUGCGUCCCCGUCCUGGUUCAUCAGCGUUUCCCUCCUGAGGCUCACCCGAGGCUCACCUUUGCGGGGUGCAGCCAGCUCUUCCUCCCAACGCAGCCAGGAGAAGACUGCCCUCGGAGCACCAUCGACCCGAAGGGGCCGCACUUGGAGCCGGCCUUAACGCCUGCCCCCCUGAGCGAAGCUGUGCGCCUGCGUCCCGCCCUUUGCCCCAAAUUAGCUGCCCAGGGAACGGCCACUCCGGACCCCGAGCUUGCUCUGCCAGUGUUAAAGCGGCCGUCCCAGUGUGAUCCGUUUCGGCCCCACGAAGGGCCAAAAUGCGUUCAGGAGAAAGGGGGGUGGGGAGAGCUCCUACUGCCGGGCAGGGAACUUGCCUUGGGCUGGAAAUCCGGCUCCUUGGCAUCACCUGCUGGGCGGGGAAGAGCUGUGUGCCCCUCUGGGAGGCCCAGGUUUCUACCUCAACACACCACAUCGGUCUCUGCUCUCAGCUGGGUGUGGCUUGAAAUAACUCUGUGCUGUAUAUGUCUCUUCUGUGGUCAGAUCCUUGUAAGUGCCUAUUAAUGGCAGAGAAUAGGAAUGGGAAGCGUCUUCAGUUAUCCGAGCGACGCUUCUAGCCCAAAGAAAGAGAGUCGGGGGAGGAGCCGAUGGAAGCGGGCAAGACAAGGGACACGUUAUCAGAUGGGGUGGGGGGGGCAUUGUUGCUUCCAUCCAGACAGGGGGUCUCCAACCUUGGCCGCUUUCAAGACUCCUGCACGGGGAGGGAGGAGUCCGGCUGUCAAAACCUUUAGUAUUGCUUCAGUGCUGUUAUUUCCGUCUUGCCUGCUCGUCGCAUUGGUCUCGUUCCUAAGUAGUAAAGGCUGAACAUGGCCGCCUGCUCUCCUGGUCUCCAGCUUAAGGGAGCCGCUUUUUGGGGGGGGGCUCCCUCUGAACGAAGCCGAGCCGAAGCACAGCAGCCGCUUUCCUAAGCCAAUUCCUUCUUAACACGGGUGAGGAUGCAGCUCCACCCGCUGGAAGGAUCGCUUGGUUGCAAGGGACCGUCUUCACAGGGCUGAGCAUCCUCCAGGCACGGGAUGAUGCGCCAGCCACCCUAGAGGCCGCUGGGGGAGGCUCCCCAGUCUUGGUGCCGAACCUGCGGGAGGCUCUUUGAGUUCUGCCUUGCCGGCUGAGAGGGCAGAGCUGCUUCUGGCUGAGCUGCUGGUGGAAGAGAAGGGGCUGGGGGUGCGGGGGGGUUGCCCCUCUUGGGAAGGGGGCAGAGGCAUUGGGGAAGUCAGCGCAAGGCCUGCCUGGGCCCUGCACGCUUUCUCUUCAUUCGGGUGCUCUGAACAAGUAAAUGUUAUGCAAACUUCAUGACCACGUGACAGUUAAAGGGAAAAAAAAAACAACUGCAAAAUAAGUUUUAUAGACAAAAGUAUGUUUGUAAAUCACUCGAUAUAAAGCCUGCUUUCUUGAACCUG